AAAUAGUAGUAGCUAGGUUAACGUUUAGUUGCGUUUAGCUUCAUCUCCCUCUCACAACCCGACCGACGUUUCCCCCUACAUCAUUUCUCCGUUACAUAAAUGACGAUUGUUUUGUUUUAAGCAAAUAAUCAGCACGACGUCGGUCAUCUUAUUUAGCGUAGCUCUCAGGGUUGUUUCCUGUAUUGGAGACUUUUAUUUUGACAUAGGUUAAAAACGGUUGUUUGAAUGUUUUUGUUAGAACACGAGACGUUUUUAAUUUUUUUUUAUAUUUAUAUUUAUUUUACAGUGCAGCAAAAGUCGAAACAAAACCUGCUGUGCGCUGAUUCCACUGUGUAGUUUUAUCUUGUAUGUUUAUACGUGCUUGUCUUAGCUCACUUCACUGCAACUCGUCAAGCACUCGUGGCUCUGCUGCUUCUUUUAUAGCUGAAGAGGUGCUCCACAUGCAGAUUUUAGAGCUUGUUAGCCUUGAAUCGACAACCGAAAUGUACACUAUAGUGUACGUUCCUAUGUAAAUUCUAAUGCGAUUGGCUGUGCGCGGAAACGAAGCAUCACACAUCGUUUGUAACGUGUUGGAGGCAGUAAGAAACACACACAAAGUAGUAAUUAGCAGUCAAGUGCUUGUUCUAUAGUCAUAUGAAAUUUGUUAAGUGAUUGAGAUGUUUGUCUAGAUACAACCUAAUUUACAACUUGUAACAUCGACGUAAAUAUAUGAAUAUAUCGUAGUUAUAUUAUAUGUUCGUAUCGUUAUUACAGAAAUAUACCGGCUUGACAGUUCUUCAUUGUUAACGCUGCUGUAAAUUUUACGUUAGCAUUCUAGCAGAUAGAGAUGUCUGAAUGUGGAAGUAGCAUCAGGGUCUGGGACUGGAGUAGUCCAGAGUGUCGUGCCCGGAUGGAUGAGAUCUUUUUUCGCCAGCACGACUACAUUCAUGCAGAAAGUAUUGAACAUAAAGAGUUCUGGGCUUUCUUUGAGCGCUUUCAACGGUUUAAAGCCAAAAGUGAGAUGGUGGGCUCAAAAUCUAGCAAAAGUGUGGCAGAGUUACGAAUGAAUCGUGCAAGUGGCACAUUGGAUCUUGGGCUCCCAAAUGAAUACGAUGCCCGAUACAGGAUCAACAUAUUUGUAAACACCAAAGACGUGGACAAUCGUUUCGGAGGCUUGCAUGGCAAGCGACACAGGGACUAUCCAACCGACCCACCCAGACAGAAGGUCAGAGACUGCCGCAUUGGCCUCCUUCAUUUUCUAGAUUUCACCCAGAAGCAGGGCUUCUGUAAGCUCGUCAAGCUGCAGCGUGAGCAGAAGAGCCUGCCCAUCUUCCAUUACCGUGACCGGAUUGUGGAGCUGGUCCAAGCCCACCCGGUGGUGGUGGUAGCUGGAGACACCGGCUGUGGGAAAUCAACACAGGUGCCCCAAUACCUGCUGGGAUCAGGUUUUAAACAUAUAGCCUGUACUCAGCCUCGCCGCAUUGCGUGCAUUUCCCUUGCUAAGAGAGUGAGCUUUGAAAGUCUCAACCAGUAUGGUUCCAAGGUUGGUUACCAGAUCCGCUUUGAGAGCAGGCGCACAUCAAUCACUAAACUCCUGUUCCUGACUGAAGGUCUGCUCCUCAGGCAGAUACAGCAUGAUCCUUUGUUAUCCCAGUACAAUGUAGUGAUUGUGGAUGAGGUUCAUGAAAGACACCUGCAUUGUGACUUCCUGUUGGGUGUGCUCCACUCCUUGCUUCACCAGCGGCCAGACCUGCACUUAGUUCUUAUGUCUGCCACCAUCAACAUCAAACUCUUCUCCAGCUACUUCAACAAUGCACCUGUGCUGCAGGUGCCAGGUAGAUUAUUCCCCAUUCAGGUGAUAUACCAGCCCAUCCCUCAAAAAGAACAGGUGUCCCACCUGGAGAAGCUGGACCCAAGACCAUACCUACGUGUGCUGCAGGCCGUUGACCAACGCUAUCCCCCUGAGGAACGAGGCGAUCUUCUGAUUUUCCUUAGUGGUACAGCUGAAAUCUCCACUAUCAUGGAGGCAUGCCAAACCUAUGCUGCACACACCAGUCGUUGGAUCGUGCUGCCUCUGCACAGCACAUUGUCACUGGCACAGCAGGAUAAGGUAUUUGACAUUGCUCCCCCUGGGUUGAGAAAAUGUAUCAUUUCCACCAACAUAGCUGAAACCUCAGUGACCAUUGAUGGGGUGCGCUUUGUUGUUGACUCAGGCAAAGUGAAGGAAAUGACUUUUGACCCAAAAGCCAAGAUGCAGAGACUUCAGGAGUAUUGGAUUAGUCGUGCCAGUUCUGAGCAGAGAAAAGGUCGUGCAGGUCGAACAGGUCCAGGAGUGUGCUAUCGGCUCUAUGCUGAGUCAGACUAUGAGGCCUUUGCCCCAUACCCUAUUCCUGAGAUCCAUCGAGUGGCUCUAGACAUGUUAGUGCUACAGAUGAAGAGUAUGGGUCUGGGAGACCCUUGUUCUUUUAACUUCAUAGACCCUCCUGCAGCAUUUAGCAUUCAGACGUCUGUGAGUUAUCUAAAGGAACAAGGUGCACUAAAUGCUCAAGGAGAGCUCACCCCCAUUGGCAAUCUGCUGGCCAAGCUACCAGUGGAUGUGGUUAUUGGUAAAAUGCUAGCUCUAGGUUCACUGUUCAACUUGGUGGAGCCAGUGUUGACUGUAGCUGCAGCACUGAGUGUUCAGUCACCAUUUCUGCGUAGUACUCAGCACAACCCAGAUUGCACCACUGCAUGCCAAACCUUGCAAAGUGACCUGGGAGACCCCUUCACAUUGCUCAGUACCUUCAAUGCGUGGGUUCAGGUGAAAGGGGAUAGUGGAGGACGCUCCAAAAAGUGGUGCAAAAGAAGAGGACUAGAGGAACAGAGACUGUAUGAGAUAGCCAACCUGAGAAAACAGUUCAAGGGCCUGUUAAGGAGUCAUGGGCUGGUGGAGCCUGAGUCAUACUAUGUGGCUGAGAACCAGGCCCAGCGCAGGAAGAGGCUGACUGAAAAUCAGAGACUGCACCAGCUGAAGAGGGAGCAUGAGUUAACGGAGAACAGUCGCAGGAAAGUGUUGUAUCUGGAGAAAGGCCUGGAGCAAGGUUUGUCGUCUGACUCAGAUGAGGAGGCAGCAGGGUCAAGCAAAAAGGACAAAGACUCUGCAGCACAAGAUUUAGACAUACAGGAAGUGAAGUUCAAACUGCGGCAUGAUGUAUGCAAACUUAAAGGAGAUGUAUAUGCCAGUGCAACGCUGUCCACCCAGCAACAGGCUCUUUUCAGACUGGUGCUGUGCCGUGGCUUGUACCCACAGCUGGCCCUGCCUGAUGAACAUAACUCUUCCCGCAAAGAUUCAGAGCAGGUGUUCCACACUCGUAACAAGCAAGGUGUUGUGAUUCACCCCACCAGUGUUUUUGCCAGUAAUUUGGAUUUGCUGCACAUCCCUCAAUAUGAGUCCAGUGCUGAGGGGCAGAGUAAUGGGCAUCAGUUACUGGCGUUUGUAACUCUGCUUGAAACUAACAAGCCAUAUUUGUCAAACUGUGUUCGGGUACCAGCCUUGCAGGUUUUGCUUCUGGUGGCAAACUCUGUAGACAGCAAUGCAGACUGCACACGGCUAGUUGUGGAUGGCUGGCUAGAGCUGGUUAUAAGUGAUAAUGUGUCUGCUCUCAAAGUGCUGUCCUCUGCUCUGAAGAUGAGGGACAAAUGGGACAAUCUGCUACAGGCCAAGUUGAGCCAGUCAGGUUUGAGAUCUACUGCAGUUCUGGGGCUUGCUGACGCAAUACCAAACCAUUAUGAGACAGAGAAAGUUGAAGAAGGACUUGGACGCUUUCUACUCUAUACUGAGGUGAGUUACAGUCUGAGAAGGCUUACCCCACUACAGACUCAGAACCUAUAUGUCGGACCACAGCUGAAUAUGGAGGUUUCCCUCCCUCCACUCUUCCCUGAGAUGAAAACUGAACCAGAUUCUGUCAAAGGAGGUCUUCGUAUCACCAGCUACUUCACCUAUAAUUGCCUCUGUGACUCCAAAGAUUUGUACAGUGAGUGUUUGCGAACAUUUUGGACAUGCCCUUAUUGUGACCUGCACAUGCCCUUCACCCCUCUGGAGCAAAUGCAGCAUGAGAUCACCUGUAGGCCACUAGAGGAACUGCAGAUUGAGGAAGAGCCUGACACAGUAAAAUCUGGAUCCUUGUCUAAUUUGACUAGACUCUACCAUUGUAAUAUCUGUAAGAAAGACUUCACCAUAACCUCCACCGAAAUACUUAAGCACAAGCGUCAACACCAGUCCUGAGUUUUUCUACCCCUGUGCACACAACUACUUUUUAAUGCAGAACGGGUUUUUUUUGUUGCUUUUUUAAGAAGAAAUUCAUGAAAGAUUCUUGUAAAAUAUAGGUAUAUGUAUUUCUGAAACAUAUAGCUAUAUGUGUGUGUAAAAAUAGAUGCAUAUUUGUGGAUCACAAUCCUUUGAGAGGCACAAUCCUCUCCAUUUCUUUUUUAAACUAAAAAUUGUUUGGAAAUGUUUUACAUGUGCUUUCUUGAUCAACAUUGAAUGUUGUGUCUGUAACCAUUUCCACUAUAUGUAACACUCAAAAGUACUGAACAUUUUCACAGCAGGUGGCAAAAGUUAGUAACUUAAGCUGAGUCAACUUUCAAAAACUUUGAUGGACGCUACAGAUGCAAGUCUAUUGUCAGUGAAAGCUCAUAUUUUGAGGAAUCUUUUGAGGGCUAAGAAGCAAUUCCCAAACCCCAAUUGUACUUAAUACUAGAAUUUGAUAGAGUUCAAAAUAUUUCUGACCAGUUACUGCAAGCCUGUAAUCCUUUUUACCUAUAGAAAUUAUGAUCAUCUGCCUGAAGAUACAAGUCAUAGAUCGUGUGAUUCAAAUAUUGUAUGUAUCAUUAAAAUAUAGAAUGAGGGUUUAAUUAAGGAUAGAAACCCACAAUAUGUAACACAUCAAAGCAGCACAUUGGCACAGAGUUAGAGAAGUCAGACAGCACAGGAAUAAAAACCUGUCUCCAAAAAUAAUUAGAAUAAAUAUUUCAUUAAAUAAAUAAACAUUUUUUUCUCGUUAAUGAUUUUUUAAACUAGUCAAUACAUAUUAAAAUAUGCACAUUGGCAGAAAAAAUGACCCAAAAAGUAAGUACUUGUGUACAUAGUUACUUUAAAACUAUGUUAUUGAUUAAUCAAAUCAAAAGGCACAUUUAUCAAGAUGAAAUAAUAGGGCAAAAUUGAAGGGCAAAAUCAACUAUGAAAAGCUCAAGGACUAGUUAUCAGUAAGACUGGUGAUGGUCUACAACUUGGAUAGGUAAAGGUGUUAGUAGGUGGGUAUGUGAUUUGUACCAUUGUUUUCUUGUAAUCUAUUACAGCUUAAGCAUUUUACUUAACCAUAAAGUGCUUCCAAUCAAGAGUUGAUGCAUAAUUAUACUGAUUCAUUAAGUGGGGGUGCUAUUGUAGCAUUGUCUCUAGUUUCAUUUCAAAAUAACUCCACAGCAUGCAUUGCAUCAUACUGAUCUUACUGUCUCGGAUAGAGUGCCUCAAAGUCUGUAAUAAGGUUUGUGUGAUCAGCAGCAGAAGAAAAAAUAAUUGGGAUGGGGGUUUAAAAUAGCAGCUUGUUCACAAAUAUUUUAAAGCCAUGUCCCCUCAGAUAUACAGUAUACGCUAUGAGGUUCAGUCUGUGAUCACAGGCAGUGUUUGAUUUGAUUUGUCUAAAUUCUUUACUGUGAAUAGCAUUUUUGUACAUUGUAUUCAGUUGCAAAAAGACCAAGCUUCCAUAUAAUACAUUUAUAUUUUCAAAUAACAGACAUAUUUAUAUUUGAAUAUAAUAUAAGAUCAUACUGGAACAAUCCCUGCAUAAAUGGUUUGGUUUUAUAGGACUGAUAAUCAGCUUAAAUUAUAUAUUACUAUAUCUCUAAAAAGGUCACUUUGCAAUUGAUUACAGUGACAAAUUAGUGAUAUUGUACAGAAUUGCACUAAAAUUGGCCAAACAUUUCCUGGGAUGGGCUUCUGUAUACACCAUGAGUGUAUGCAAAUGAGUGAUCAUUUCUUCAUGUGCAGAUACUGACUUUACUGAACUUACUGAACAAUUUCAACUUUUUCAACAAUAUUUCCUGUUCUCUAUGACAGGCCUUCAUUUUCCAUUGCCCCUGUUCUUAUCAACAGAGUACUAAUAAAAGUAUAAAUUUUCAUUAUAUUAUUAAUUACUUUAUUUGUAGGAUUUUGUAAUCUGCACAUCAAAGCAAAUGUUGAUCAC